UACUCAAACGGUUGUUCGAGCAAACUUGUACUCUAGAUUUGUAAGUGGACUCUCUCUUACCUCUAACUGGGAUUUAGAGCAAAACUACUCUUUAUAAGACAAGUUUUGGGUUUCAUAAUGUCGUUGAGAGAUAUUUUCGUGGUGCUGGCUGUGCUUGCUAUGUUUUGGGUGACUGAAAGCAAAGAUGUUGGCCUUGAAAAACGAAACCAAGUGAAUCCUACAACUAUCGGCGACGUAGCAAAAAUYUUGAACGAGUACGCCACAAGAAUAAAAGAACUGCAAUCAAAGAAAGGCUGGUGCAAGGAUGGGACUCCAGGAGCACCGGGGGCACCUGGGAAACCAGGCAAGGACGGUAGAGAUGGUCAACAGGGCCUACCAGGACCAAGAGGACGAGAUGGUCGUGACGGCCAACAUGGCGCCCAAGGUCCACGAGGAAGUCCUGGUUCACAAGGUCCACGUGGUGUUCAGGGACCAAUGGGCCAUCCUGGUCCUAAAAGUGGUGGUGUCAAGUACAUACGCUGGGGGAGGACCUCGUGUCCUUCUGGUGCUAACCUCGUCUACAAAGGUCGUGUAGGAGGAGAGCGUUACACCCAUACAGGCGGUGGUUCAAACUAUGUAUGCCUGACCGAGGCACCAAAAUACGCGAGCUACACAAAUGUCCUCAAAAAGUAUUCAGCAUUCAUGUAUGGAUCUGAGUACCAGGUUCACUCCACUGAACAUUCCAACCCGUUCAACAACAAAAACCUUCACGAUCACGACGUCCCUUGUGCUGUAUGCUUUGUUCCAAACCGCAACACUGAACUGAUGAUCCCAGCAACUUACGAGUGCCCCACGGGAUGGUCCAAAGAGUACUGGGGAUACCUUAUGUCGGAAUAUUACAAUCACGCUAAUCAGAGAAAUUAUAUUUGCGUUGAUCAAGAUGCUGAGCCUGUCAAGGGAACAAUCCACAAUCAUGACGGCGCGUUGUUGUACGGUGUCCAAGGAAGGUGUGGCUCUCUGCCUUGUCUUCCUUACGUGGAAGGACGGGAACUGACAUGCGUUGUGUGUACCAAGUAAAAUCGUGACAUGCACAAUACGCCAAGAUAUAUAUGUUCAUGACCCAUCAGUUUAACGCAAUAUAUAUUGUAAAAGAAUAAGUAAAUAAAACGCAGAAAAUGAAAUUAAAGAGUUAAAGUGAUU